AAGCAGAUCUCCUGUCUGUAGUCUGUUGGCAACGUCGCUUCGAAAUGGCUCUCUUAGCUCGAAACGCGAAUCGCCUGGGGCUAACGACGGCGUCGUAUCAGAGAGCGGCAGGUUUAGCCUCAAUCCACACUACCCUUCCGACAGCCUCUUCUCAACAGUCCUCGGCGGCACCGACGACCUACGCACGUGCGCCUCCUCCCUCAACUUCGUCCCCGACGGGCCUGCCCAAGGCAGCUGAAUAUGUGAUCUCAAAGGUGGAUGAUCUCAUGAACUGGGCCCGCCGUGGAUCCAUCUGGCCCAUGACAUUCGGGCUGGCUUGCUGUGCCGUCGAAAUGAUGCACACCGGCGCCGCCCGCUACGACAUGGACCGAUUUGGGAUCAUCUUUAGGCCUAGCCCUAGGCAGUCCGAUUGCAUGAUUGUUGCUGGUACUCUCACCAAUAAGAUGGCUCCUGCUCUUCGCAAGGUCUAUGAUCAAAUGCCUGAGCCUAGGUGGGUCAUAUCAAUGGGAAGCUGUGCAAAUGGCGGGGGAUACUAUCAUUAUUCCUAUUCUGUUGUUAGAGGUUGUGACAGGAUCGUGCCAGUUGACAUUUAUGUCCCUGGUUGCCCGCCAUCUGCAGAGGCUCUUCUUUAUGGACUUCUCCAGCUGCAGAAGAAAAUCAAUAGGCGCAAGGAUUUCCUUCAUUGGUGGACAAAAUAAGGCUUGCUGAUGCACUUUAGGGCUGCUGUGGCUUGCUUUCUGUUGGAAUAAACCAAACUGUGUGGUUUCCCUUGCUAAAAAGUGAUGAAAAGGAAAAGUUAGUUGGGCUAUUACGGUAUUACCUACCAGGAACUAUAUUGUACGUUGUUGUACUGAGUAGCCACUGGUGUUGCUUGGAGCCAUAUACUAUUGGUUUUGUUUCACUGUUUAUCAUAUCUUAUAAUAAAGACGCAAUGUGUUAAGUGCGCGUGUUUUUUUCAACUUUAACACUGAACUAGAUGAGAGGGCUUCCUAAUCAUUAUUGUCGAGUUGGACAUGGUGUUCUACUA